UGAAUAUAAAAGGGCAGGCAGGACAAUGACCUUGGCUAAAUGUUUUCUUUUUCUCCCCCUCCGGUGUGCUCUGAUGAUCAGAGAGGCUGUUCAGAUGCCGGGAGUGGUCAGGGGUCAUCAAAGGGCAGCUGUCCACUAUAAAGGGGCCUGUCUGGAGCUUCGUCUGCACAUAGCAUCAUUGCAGCCCGAGACCAGCUGGAGGAAGGAAGGAAGUUCUUUGCCUCUCAUUAUUGUCGGAGUAGAUUUUGAGAGUUUCAGUUAAAAUGGAAGCCAGAGUCCUGACCGUUUUCUGCACUUUCCUCGUCUGUUCUUUUGGAGUGGUUUUCUCCACACAGGGGCACAGAUAUCUCAAAGACCUCAAGUCCACUUUAGCCUUCAGAAAUCUCUCAUUCAAUCACCGCAGCAGAUAUCCUCUAUACAUGAUGCAGCUGUACCGCUCCUUCAGGACUGCCGAUUUCUCCCCAUCAUUAGCUGUCAACGCCGCUACAAUGCAAGGCCACAACUCGUCAGCGCACAGUUCUGACUCCGUCCUAAGUCUGAUGGCCAAAGAUUGCCAUCAAGUGGGUGAAAGAUGGACAGUCAUGUUUGACAUGUCAUCCAUCUCCACUGGUGAGGUUAUCCAGCUGGCAGAACUUCGGCUCAGACUACCUGCUUUCUCUGGCUCCAAGCGUGCCACUGUGGAUUUAUAUCACUCCAGAAAGCAGCGCUGUGACCGGGAAAGCACAUCGUGCCAGGAUGAGCAACUUUUCUUGGGGAGUUUUGCCACAUCAGCCAGCAGCACAAAGAAAGGUUGGAAGGUUUUUAAUGUGACUGCUCUGUUGAAAUACUGGCGGUACCAGGGAGAAGGAGUAUCCAGCCAAGAGGCCUCAGGAGAACCUGAGGCGGACCAUGGGAGCGGUUCUGGGGACGGAGGUGAGACCACUGACAAGUCCCUCUUCAAGAGUUUGGGAUUGAGGCAAAGAAAAACACACCAUCCGACCACAAACAGGGUCAUGAUGGUGAUCUUUUCCAAACACAACCUGCCUCAGGAAGGCCACACAGCGUACAGUCUCAUCCACACUGUGGAGAACUCCAAGUAUGUGACGCCGGACAGAACCAGCAGUGACGGCCAAAGUCGUCGUCACAAAAGGAACAGAGUGGAGAGGAUGAGGAUGGCGGCAGGAGCUUCACCUACUCCGGCAGCAGCGGCCCAGAGGCCUCUGUGUCGGAAGGUGGACAUGUGGGUGGACUUUGAACACAUCGGCUGGGACGAGUGGAUUGUGCACCCGAAGCGCUACAAUGCAUUUCGCUGUGAGGGAGAGUGUCCGACACCACUGGAUGAGUCCUUCAACCCUACCAACCACGCAUACAUGCAGAGCCUCUUGCAACAUCACCAUCCAGAGAGAGUGUCCUGCCCGUCCUGUGUGCCAACGCGCCUCAGCCCGCUCUCCAUGCUGUACUACGAGAGCGAUGACUUGGCCCUGCGGCAUCACGAGGACAUGAUUGUUGAAGAGUGCGGAUGUCACUGAAUCACGGAAUGAUGUCAUCUUGAACUUCAGUUCAACUGAUUGUCAACUGUCUUCUCUGUCUUACAACAAAUAAUAGGAUGUGUCUGUUAAGUUUAAAUGACAAUAUAUAUUUCAUCCAUACUGGGUGGUACACAAUAGUCUAUACCUUUUAGUAUGAAAGCCCUGUUUUGCAAAUGUUUUAUGUUAUAUCUAUUUAUACAUUCUAAUGUAUAUUUGUUCAUAAA